AAAACAGAGGUAGCUAAUGUCUCGCUACAGUCCCGUGUCCUCAUUUUUAUCUGGAGUUUUGGAGACCUCUCAAUUUAAGAGUCAGUUUCGCCUAUGUCGUUGAGUUGGGAGGUACUUGUAAGACAGAGCACAAAUGUUGAGCAUGGACUCGUUGCAAGUGGCUGAGGAAGAGGUAGUGGAGUCUACCUCUAACCGGCUGGAGGAUAUUUACACCUUUUUGGAUGAAGGGACCUAUCCCCCGUCUAUGAACCCAAUACGGAAGAAAAAUCUGAAACGAUACGCUCAGAAAUUCAUUAUAGAAGAGGGGCGACUGUUCUAUGUGGGGCCAAAGAAGGAGGAGAAGAGAGAAGUAGUGAUUGAUGCGGAGAGGAAGCGGCAGAUCUUCCUGGAGUGUCACUUUAAUGAUAUUGGUCAUCACUUAGGGCAGAAGAAGACUGUGCACCGAAUUCAGACUAAAUACUACUGGCUGGGAAUUGUGAAGGAUGUGGUGGACUGGAUUAAACUGUGUGAAACCUGCCAGCACACAGAGCGGAAUAAAAAUAUGACCAGAACAAUCCGCCCAAUUAAGGUGGAAGCUCCUUGGGAAAUUCUGGGAAUUGACAUUUUAGGGCCCUUUCCAGAGACCAGGCAAGGCAACACGAACGUGGUCAUAAUAACUGAUUAUUUGAGUAAGUGGGUGGAGGCUACCCCUAUACCAAAGAGAGACUCUCUGUCUGUUGCAAGAUGUAUUUCUACAGCAAUUUACAGGUUUGGAUCAGUAAAAACAGUGUACUGUUCUCAAAGUGUGGACUUUUGUGAUGAGGUCACAAAACACCUAUGCGAUCGGUGGAACAUAGUACAGAAGGUGUCGCCUGUGGAUCAGCCUCAGCUCAAUGCCCUAUACGACCGCAGCAGCAGCUUGCUCAGAGAGGCGGUCAGGCAGGUAGUGACAGAGAAGCAAGCCGAAUGGGACGACUUCCUGGACCCUGUCCUGUUUGUGUUCCGCACCUCCGCCAACCCAACCACCAAGUUCACACCAUACUACCUGAUGUUUAACAGAGAGGCCAGCCUGCCCGGUGAGAUGGACGUUGACCUACUCAAGUAUCACCAAGUACAGGAUGUGUGCCCUGUAAAAGAGGAGAGUGUCACCAACUUUGUGGCGGCAAUGCAGGAACAACAGAACACAGUCAAACAGCUGGUCAUAGCCAACAUGAACGCAGCUUACAAACAGCAAAAGAAGAAUGCCAAGCGGAGGGCACGGAGUAUGCCUUCCAUCACAUUCAAUGUUGCAGACCCUUUGUUAAGCACAGGAGAGUCACCACCACUGAAAAAACUGAGAGAGAGCCUAUACCUAUCUUUCCCAGUGGAAACGGUCCUGUCCACAGAGCAAAGCAGCACUGAUGAUAAGAAAAGUGACUUGGAGUACACCUUGCCAGUUUCUCAGGUUUAAUGACAGUUGUCAGGCUGGAGAACGUGACAAUGGUGUCAUGGGGUGGAUAGACACGCCAUGCUGACUGUUUUGGUGGACUGUUGAUGCCUUUGAGCUCUGUGUUUGGGAGACACCUGCAUGUGUCCAGCUCUUAUCAUACUCUAACACUUCAGACAGACAAGCGCACUUCAAGGAGACAUUGCUUCCCAAGACAUUGCUCUCUGAGUGCAGUUUGGUAGAAUGUCCAAUACAUUAUUUGGUCAUUACCUUACUGGCUUAUGAGCUGUUUGGAGAUAUUUGUUGAAGUGCUGUCUAUGAUGCCCCAGAAUGUGGCUAUAUAUAAUUUGUUUCUUGUGGAAGAGACUGGUGGAACUAACAGCAAAGACACAUACUACCUGUGAGAGAUGCACAAUCCACUUGUAUACCUGAACCUCUCUAUACUUUACUGAAAUAUUUGUACUUGGACAAGAGCUGACAUGAAACAUUUUUGUCUGUAGGUGCUGAACAGGUCCUGUUUAUGUUUACUUUUGUUACUGCAAUUUACCAGCAUAAAUCUGACUGGACUGAUUUUGUUAGCUUCAUUUUGUUGAACUGUGUUCCUAUGUGAGUGGAGUCCGAAAUGUGAAAGUCAAGUCUUGGACAUCUGGCCAGUGUAGACUUAUCCUCAGCAGCACUGCUCCAA